UGUAUGUGGAGCUGAAGGGGCGGAAGUGAUGCGCCAAUGGCGCCAUGAGGCUGAAGCUGAGGGACGUUUUCGCCGUUUAUUUCGUGGUGUCCGGGAUCUGGUUGUUGUUCUCGGUCCGACAGCUCGGGCUGCAAUGUGACUGCACGCCGCCCGUGCGGCCGCCGGGGGAGCUGACACGGGAGCUGAAGAUCGUGCAGCUGCAGGCCGAGGUUCGGAGGCUGCGGGAGAGGCUGAAGGUCGAGGGCGAGGCUGUCACGGACGGGAGGGCCCUGCCCACCAUCUACGCCGUCACCCCCACCUACGCCAGGUGGGUGCAGAAGGCAGAGCUGGUUCGCCUCUCCCAGACUUUCCGGAACGUUAAGGCCUUCCACUGGAUAGUGGUGGAGGACGCGGAGGGGCCGUCCCGGCUGGUGUCGAGGCUGCUGGCGGACAGCGGGCUGCGUCACACCCACCUGCACGCCCCCACCCCGGCCCCAGACAAGCUGCGGGCGCAGGACCCCAGCUGGCUGAAGCCCCGGGGGGUGGAGCAGCGGAACCGGGCCAUCGCGUGGCUCCGCGAGACCCGACCGCCGGACGAGGAGGCCGUUGUUUACUUUGCCGACGAUGACAACACCUACAGCCUCCGGCUCUUCGACGAGAUGCGCUGGACAAAACGUGUGUCAGUCUGGCCCGUGGGCCUAGUGGGCGGCCUGCGCUUUGAGAGGCCCCUGGUGGAGGGGGGCCGGGUGGUGGGUUUCCACACGGCCUGGAAGCCCCACCGCCCCUUCCCCGUGGACAUGGCUGGCUUUGCCGUCUCCCUGCGGCUGCUGCUGGCGAACCGGGAGGCCCGUUUCGAAGGGCGGGCCGAGAACGGCUACCUGGAGAGCAGCCUCUUGCAGUCCCUCGUCUCCAUCGAGGAGCUGGAGCCCGUGGCCGACAGCUGCAACACGGUCCUGGUCUGGCACACCCGCACAGAGAAACCCAAGAUGAAGCAGGAAGAGGCCCUGAUAAAGGAGGGCCGAGGUUCGGACGUCCACAUCGAGGUGUGAGUGCAGAGGGCGGGGGGGUGUGCGAGAGCACGGGUGGACAAGGGGGGAGCGGGCAGUGGCAGACGCCCCCCCCUCCCUGGCCAGAAAGAGGAUCUCUUCACCCUGUGUCCCGUCCACUGCAACCCCACCCCAGCUCCGAGAGACGAUGGAUUGUCGUCCUUGAAGGGCAACACAGACAAAGCACUGGAAGAACUCAACAGGUCAGGCAGCAUCUGUGGAAGUGAAUAAACGGUUGACGUUUUGGGCCGAGGCCCUUCCUCGGGACUGAGAAGGAAGAGGGAAGGGGCCAGAAUGAGGGAAGGAAUCUGAUAGGAGAGGAGAGUGGAUCAGGGGAGAAAGGGAAGGAGGAGGGGACUCAGAGGGAUGGGUUGGGCCGGUGGGGAGAAGAGAAGGGGUGAGAGGGGAAGCAGGAUGGGGAGAGGGGUGUAGAAAUUCCUGUAAGGGUGGAGAGUUUGAUGUGUAUGAGGUUAGGGGCUGCCCAGGCGGAAUGUCACGUCCUGGUUGCACCAUCAGCGACACCGGACGGACAAUCUGCGAAGGGCAUCUCCCGCCUUGGAAAGACACUGCCCAGGAGAAAGCGAUGGCGGAGCACUUCUGCAGAAAGAAGUUGCCGAGAGCAAUCGUGGUCCGGGUCCGCCGGUGUCGUACGGCACCGCACCUGACGCUGACGAUUGGCCUCAUCGUGGUGGGAGAGCCGGCCGCGGACCGACCGCGUCAGGGCGGGCGGCCGCCCAGGGACUGUUACCACCUGCGGUGGACAGCCUCGGGUAGCGUCGGCCCGCCCUUCACUCCAGGGAGGCAGGGAGGGUCGUCUGCUGUCGAUAUGUCAGCGGGAGACUUGUACCGUGACUGUCCCCCCCCCCCCCCCACCGUCACUGCGUAGCCCUGAAGUUCAUCAGCACAGACGGAACUGAAUUGACUUUAUUUUGUACGUGUUACGUCUCCGUCUAAAUUUAUAAUAAAUGGAAAUACACUCAGAUCAGCGUGAGUUCAUCAGUCUGAUGGCCUGGUGGGAGAGGCUGUCCCGGAGCCUGUUGGUCUUGGCUUUUAUGCUGCGGUACCGCUUCCCGGAUGGGAGCAGCUGGGAUAGAUUGUAGUCAGGGUGACUCGGGUCCCCAGUGAUCCUACGGGCUCUUUUUACACACCUGUCUGUGUAAAUGUCCUGAAUGGUGGGAAGUUCACACCUACAGAUGCGCUGGGCUGUCCGCACCACUCUCUGCAGAGUCCUGCGAUUGAGGGAGGUACAGUUCCCACACCAGGCAGUGAUGCAGCCAGUCAGGAUGCUCUCAAUUGUGCCCCUGUAGAAAGUUCUUAGGAUUUGAGGGCCCAUACCAAACUUCCUCAAGAGUUUGAGGUAAAAGAGGCGCUGUUGUGCCUUUUACAUCACACAGCUGGUGUGCACAGACCACGUGAAGUCAUCGGUGAUGUGGAUGCUGAAGAACUUGAAGCUGUUCACCCUCUCAACCCCAGAUCCACUGAUGUCAAUAGGGGUUAGCCUGCCUCCAUUCCUCCUGUAAUCCACAACCAGAUCCUUUGUUUUUGCGACAUUGAGAGCGAGAUACUUUCUCAAUGAACUUGUUGAUCUUGUUGAGUGAGACGUGCAGCUCCAGACCUGUGUUCCAGUCUGACUUCUGGCACUGUGUGUGUGUGUGUGUGUGUGUGUGACGAGGUGAGGAGAGGUAGGGGUUGCUCUGAGUUUCUGCGCUGGACUAGUGUUCUCUGAUAGGAGAUGUGACCAGAGAGCAAACCUUCGUCCAAGUUUGUUUUCUACUGGUCAAUGUGAGUUAUAAUGAGGGACUGGAUAGGCCGGGUUACCUCCCUGGAGUGACAGUGCACUUACAGAGGUUUAUAAAAUCACAAGGGGGGGGUAGAUAGAUAGGGUGGAGCUUUGUCCCCGGGGUAGAGGAGUCUAAGACGAGAGGGCAGAGUUCCAAAGGUGACCGAAGGGGGCGGAGGAACGAGCUGCCGGAGGGAGGGGAGGGGCUGAUUUUUGAUUUUCAGGGGCAUUUGCGCGACCAGCUCAGGAAGUCUCCUUGCCGAGCAUGUACGAGAAGGGCCGAAGGGCCUGCUUACUGUUCUCUACAACCUGUAUGAUUCUACAAUAAAUUAUCUAUGGAGCGGU